AACCCACAACGUCUACCUACCCCAAAAUCAUAAGGUAUCCAAUAUCCAUCAUCUUAUCUUCUAUAAUUUAUUUAUUAUUUUUGAAAGCAUGGUUUAUUUAUUACGUAUCUUCUAAGUUUAGCUAAAUCAAGAAACCCAAAAUUUCAAUGUCCACAAAUAAACCCAAACCUGUUCUUCCUUGGAAGGUCCGCGCUACAAUUUCACUUCUUACAGUUUUAACGGACUCUUCAUGUCGCGCAAACGGCACCGUCAAUCGCCGUCUCUUUAACUUCUUCGAUCUCAAAUCCUCACCUAACGCCACUCCGAUUAACGGCGUUUCCACUAAAGACGUCACCGUUAACUCCGAAAACAACCUUUGGUUCCGUCUCUUUACUCCAACUGUUGCCGGAGAAGUCACCGAAGAUGGUGGUUCCACCAAAACUACCUCCCUUCCCGUCGUCAUUUUCUUCCACGGUGGUGGCUUCACUUUUCUUUCUUCUUCCUCAAACCUCUACGAUGCGGUUUGUCGUAGACUCUGCCGGGAAAUCUCCGCUGUCAUUGUCUCCGUCAACUACCGACUUGCACCAGAGCAUCGCUAUCCGUCGCAAUAUGAAGACGGAGAAGCAGUACUGAGAUUCCUUGACGAGAACGUAACAGUUUUACCGGAAAAUACUGACGUGUCAAAAUGUUUCCUAGCCGGAGAUAGCGCCGGUGGAAAUUUGGUACACCAUGUUGCGGUUAGGGCAUGCAAAGCGGGGCUCCAGAAUAUCUGUGUUAUCGGGUCAAUAUUGAUCCAACCGUUUUUCGGAGGAGAAGAACGGACGGAGGCAGAGAUUCGCCUAGUUGGGAUGCCGUUUGUGUCAGUGGCAAGGACUGAUUGGAUGUGGAAAGUGUUUUUACCAGAGGGAUCGGACCGGGAUCAUGGCGCGGUUAAUGUAUGUGGGCCGAACGCGGAGGAUUUGUCGGGUUUGGAUUAUCCGGAUACGCUUGUUUUUGUUGGUGGGUUUGAUCCUUUGAUUGAUUGGCAAAAGAGGUAUUAUGAUUGGUUGAAAAAAUGUGGAAAAAAAGCUGAGUUGAUUGAAUAUCCAAACAUGGUUCAUGGUUUUCAUGUUUUUCCUGAUUUUCCUGAAUCUACUCAGUUGAUUAUGCAAGUCAAGGAUUUUAUCAACAAAGUGUCCAAUUCUAAAUGAUGAUUAUUGAUUAUUGUUGUAAUGAUAUUGUUAUGAUAAUAACAAAUUCAUAGUUGUGAUAAAUUAUUUGUAGCUAGAACGUACAAGUUGGUAUGUUUAUGUUUUAUUUUAGUUUAAUAAAUAUAAUAUGAGUGAUCUUUAUCCUAUAUGAGUAUGUUUUUAGGGUAAAUUUUGGAAGUAUACAUGUCUUGAAUUUAAUAAAUAUGGGUUUGCAUAA